AUGCAAGCGAGUCGCAGAGGGUUUUAUACCUCGACAAAUCUACAAAAAGCGGCUUGUUCCGUUGUCAAACCCGUCCAUCAUUUGGUCAAAAUUGAUAAAUCUAAGCUUUCACCAAGGUUUCCGGAACUGAAUUUCAAAACUAAUGAUAUUAGAUCGCCUUCUUUUAGGCCAACUGCUACACACCAAGAUCGAGUAAGGGAACAUUAUUAUAAUACAGUUCAAAGCGAUCUGCUACUUAUGAAUUAUUCACACAGGGCCGAGACUGUGAUUGGUUUGAAAAAUAGGCCCUGGGAUGGAUCUUCUCCAUAUCACUUGAAUAGGCCUCCUAAGAAGCCACAGUGGUCUAAAACUGAGCUCCCAGACAUAAAACCAAUUACUUGGAGGAAUAUUCCUGAUAUUGAAUCUGUUGUCCUGAAUUGUUAUAUCCCAAAAUCUAACGAGAACCAACUAUUACCUAUCGCCAUCGCUUUGCAGCUGCAGCAGAUAACCGGAUGUAAACCAGAAUACUUAUAUUCCAAGAUGGAUAUUCCUUCGUGGAAAGUCAGAAAGGGUAUGCGUAUGGGUGCUAAAGUUGAGUUGAAAGGUCGUCCAAUGUCUCAGUUUAUGUCUACAUUAACGGAAAUUGUAUUACCUAGAAUUAGAGCAUACAAGGGUAUUCCAAGUUCUUCUGGUAAUAGAUUAGGUGUGAUUUCUUUUGGUUUGACCCCACAAGAUGUUGCAUUUUUCCCUGAAUUGGACUUAAAUCAAGAAGCUUGGCCCAUGACUUUCGGAAUGCAUAUUAAUAUCAAUACUACUGCAAGAACCGAUCCUCAAGCCAAAACAUUACUUAGCGGAUUUGGUUUCCCAAUCUGCAAGAAGUGA